CGCGUCACCGUCUCACCAAGAAGCUCUGACUCCAAGUCACAUCAGAACAACCUCAAUCGCAUCAAUCUAAACAACCAUACCGCUCAUCAUUGUACCUUGACAUUGGUAGCACUCAUCAAUAGUGUCUGCUGAUCGCAAAAGCAUAAAACCGACACCAAAACUCAGACUCUUGGAGAAGUGACAUCAUGCCUGAGAUCGCAGAAGUCGCGCGAAUCGUGCACUUCCUUAAAAAGCAUGCGGUCGGCAAAACAGUGCAAUCAGUGAAGACACAGGAAGAUACUAUAAUAUACGGCAAAGUUGGGACUUCCGCCGCGGAAUUCGAAAAAGCCAUGACAGGAAAGAAGAUAGUGAAUGCUCGACAACAAGGAAAAUACUUCUGGUUGGAGAUGGAUUCACCUCCCCACCCGCUGAUGCACUUUGGAAUGUCUGGAUGGAUGAAGUUCUCGAACGACCACACAGCAUACUAUCGGCCCACCACACCGGAGGAAAACCCAUGGCCGCCUAAAUUCUGGAAAUUCAUCUUGCAGCUUAAAGAUAGUGACUGUGAGGUCGCGUUCAUCGAUGCCAGGAGGCUGGGGAGGAUCAGACUCGUCAAUGCGAAAGCGGACGAUAUGCGCAUAACAACCCCUCUAAAGGAGAAUGGACCAGAUCCGGUCCUAGAUCCGGAGAUACUGACUGUGGAGUGGCUGAAGAAGAAGCUGAGCAGCAAAAAGGUGCCCGUCAAGGCGCUGCUGCUUGAUCAAGCGAACAUCAGUGGGAUUGGCAAUUGGGUCGGGGACGAGAUUAUGUACCAGGCCCGUCUUCACCCGGAACAGUACAGCAACACGUUUACGGACGAGCAAGUCAAGAGACUCCAUGAUGCCAUGAUGUACGUUUGUAAUACAGCGUGUGGGCCGGAGGUCAUGGGUGACUCAGACAAGUUCCCCGAGGAUUGGCUGAUGAAACAUCGCUGGGGAAAAGGGAAGAAGGAUUCAAACAAAUUGCCGAACGGGGACAAGAUAACAUUCCUGAAGGUGGGUGGAAGAACUUCAGCGAUUGUUCCUCGGGUCCAGAAGAAGACAGGUGCCGUGGCAGGAGAUGUAUCUGGUGCUUCGAGCAGCGCCGAGGAUGAAAAAGACACAAAGCCUCGAGCUGAGAACAAACGAAAGAAAGCGGCAAUAAAAGAGGAAGAGGAGGAGGCGGGAGAAGAGGGAGAGGAAGCAGCCGUUGCACCACAGGCAAAGAGAGGCCGGAAAGGGGGUGCAAUCAAAGUUGAAGAGCCGACAAAAGUGACACCUCGAAGAAGUCGCAGAAACGCAUAGUCUUCGUCUUUUUCAAGGCCCAUACCAUUUCUGACACGGCAUAUACCCGAUUAUGUUGGGUAAGGUACGUAGGUACCUUGGUAGUUAGGAGAGCAGCCUCAUUAGCGGUGCGCAUUUACGCUUUGGGUCAUGCAAUAUGUAUACACAAUUGGUAGUGAGAAAUCGGAAAGCUAAUAGUAAUAAUGAUACUCGAGUAGUGGUAACAUUGUUGUUCAAUAUUAACAUCAAUGUCU